ACGACAUUGACACAUAAAUUCCAUCUAAAGAGACAUCAAGAUGCCACGAAAGUCAGCGAAGUCACCUCCGGAAUCUAAAUCGCAGAGCACGUCCAAGCGCCCUGCUGCGAACACUCCUGAGAGAACCUCCAAGAGGGCGAGAGCAACAUCGAGAAAGUCAUAUGUCGAAUCAGAUACGGAUUCUGACGCGGCUGCCAACGGUACAGAUUCAGAAGAUGACGCGGAGUCCGGAGACGCAUCUGACUUCGAGGCUCAGAGUGACAAAGAAGCUACUUCUGAGUCUGAACCAGAUGAGGACGCCAGCGACGAAGAGCCUACCUCGAAAAAGGCCACGCCAAGAGGUCGAGUGCAGAGGAGGCCAUCUUCGGUACACAAGAAUCAAGCCAACGAGAAAGAGCUAUGGAAGCCGGGCGCGAAGCUUGAGCCUGGGACACAGCUGAUCAUCAAGAAGCCAAAGGCUCGCGAAGCUGGUGAUACGCCAUACACCGAGAGUACCAUCCACCCCAACACCAUGCUGUUUCUCGAGGAAAUUAAAGCCAACAAUGAUCGCCAGUGGCUCAAGUUGCAUGAUCCAGACUAUCGAGUCGCGGUACAAGACUUCAACGACUUCGUUGGCAAACUAUCAGAAAAGAUUGUGGAGAUAGACGAGACGAUACCUGAGUUGCCAGUGAAGGAUAUCGUGUAUCGAAUAUAUCGAGAUGUCCGCUUCUCAAAGGACCAGACACCUUACAAGACCUACUUCUCGGCGGCGUGGUCAAGAACGGGUCGCAAAGGUCCAUAUGCUGCUUACUACGUUCAGAUUCAGCCGGAUGGAGGCAGUUUCGUUGGCGGCGGACUGUGGCAGCCAGAUGCAGAGCCUCUCAGAAAGCUGCGGCGAGAGAUUGAUCGCAGACCCAUCAGGAUCAAGCAGGUUCUGACAGAUCAGCGGAUUCGGACAGCGUUCUUGGGAGGCACUCCCGACAAUGAGAAGAAGGUCAUCAAGGCCUUCAUUGGCUUGACUUCGAAUGCGUCGACCGCGCUGAAGCGCCAUCCCAAAGAUUUCCCCAUCGAUCACAAAGACAUUGACCUUCUUCGACUUAGAAGUUUCACUCUUGGCAAGAAACUCUCAGAUGAGGAAGUUGUAGGCCCGGAGGGCAUGGACCGAAUCGCAGGGUUAAUAUCCUGCAUAGAGCCCUUUAUCACCUACCUGAACAGCGUCGUCAUGCCCGACGAGGAGUCGUCAAGCUCUAGCGACGAAGACGAGAACGGUGAGGGCAGUUCCGCAGCGGAUGGUGUCGAUGAGUAAAUAUUUUCCCAGCUCACACAAUUGCACUCACACGGCCUCGUCCCCGGUCUGUCUGGAGGUACGCCUUGCAGAAGGCUAUAUUGGGAACUUUGGAUUGGUGGCCUGGCUUCACAGGCGCGAAAGGAGCCAAUUAGCGCUUCGACGACACGCUCCAAGCGAGGCCGAACAAUUUCUGCAUAGCGCCUGCAUGUCUCCGUCUUGGCUAGCACCGUGCUGUUUUAGCUUCGCAUGCACUACUGGUCAUGUGACAUUCAACCCUGGUCCCCUUUUCUAGUCGUCGGGCCGCUUCUCUUAGCAUCCGCCUUCCCUCGUUGGUGUGCGGCAGAGACGGCUGAGCUGUGGGAUCGAACCUUCUCUCCGCUUUCAGCAUUAAG